CUUAAUUACAUAGAUAUUAUCAUAUUAGAUUACAUGAGCAUGGAGAAAACAUCAAGAAUAUGCCGCCGGCGCGUCCUCCCGCCGCUGCCCGGAAGCCAUACUUCUACUCCGGCCACCGCCGCCCUUCACAAAACCGUCCGGUCGUCUUCGGCGGUCUUUUCACCAACCGCGAAACCCUACCCUCCUCCGCCGCCGACCGAAUCUCGGUCCACCGCCGACCACCUAAUCCUCUUUCCUCCCCCACUAUCGACUUCCGUGACUGGGACCCCGAACUCUCAUCUCCGUCCUCCUCCUCCUCCGUUCCAUCUCUCCCCGACUCCGAUCGUCGCCUCUCCCCUCUCGCUCGUUUCAUCUGCGACUCUCUCCGUCGCCACAGCAGGUGGUGCCCUGCCGUCCUCACCGACCUUCAAAAACUCCGACGCGUCACCCCCGAUCUUGUCUCCGAGGUACUGAAAUCCCGCCCUCUCCUCCCCCCUUCCCUCUCCACUCGAUUCUUCCACUGGGCCGCUCGCCAGAAGGGUUUCUCCCACACUUUCGCUUCGUAUAAUGCCUUCGCCUAUUCUCUCUCCGCCGCUGGGCUCUUUCGCGCCGCCGAUCAGGUCCCAGAACUCAUGCUCGCGCAGGGCAAACCUCCGACUGAGAAGCAGCUGGAGAUCCUCGUUCGAUUCCACGCUGAUGCGCGCCGCCCUCUACGGUUGUUUCAUCUGUAUCGCAAGAUGCGAACCAGGUUUGGUGUUUCCCCUCGCCGUACUUUUCUUUAUAAUCGAAUAAUAGAUGCAUUGGUGAGCUGCGGCCGGUUGGAUUUGGGUCUUGAGGUCUACGAUGACCUCCGAGCUGAUGAUGAGCUCAAGGAGGAUGCAGUUACUUUUACGAUCAUAUGUAAGGGUUUCUGUCGUGCUGGUCGGAUUGAUGAGCUUGUUGAUCUAAUUGGUCGGAUGCGGAGUGAGGUUUGCCGGCCGGAUGUGUUCGCGUACACAGCGAUGAUUAGGAUCUUGAUUUCGGCGGGGAAUGUUGAUGGUGGGAUUAGGGUUUGGGAUGAGAUGAAGAAGGAUGGUGUUGAGGCUGAUGUGAUGGCGUAUUCGACUUUGAUUUCCGGGCUUUGUAAGGCGGGCAUGAUGGAGAAAAGCGAGGAGUUGUUUAGGGAGAUGAAGAAGAAGGGUUUAUUGAUUGAACGCGCAGUGUAUGGUGCAUUGGUGGAGGGGUUUGUUGCUGAAGGAAAGGUGGAAACUGGGGUUGAGAUUUUUAGAGAGAUGGUGGGGGAUGGUUAUCGUGCAGAUUUGGGGAUCUACGACUUGCUGAUUGGGGGUUUCUGUUCUGAUGGGAGGGUUGAUAAGGCCUUCAAGAUUUUUCAAAUUGUAGCAUUGGAAGGAAUCGUGCCAGAGUUUACUACAGUGUCGCCAUUGUUGAUUGCUUGUGCAGAGGGGCAUGAUAUGGACAUGUUCUUCCAGUUGCUUGAUCGGAUCAGUGGAUUGGGUUUGUCUGUUCUUGAUCAUCUCUCAAGCUUUUUCUCUGCAUUUCUGGUGAAAGGUGGGAGGGAGAUGAAGGCUCUGAAGAUCUUCAACGAUCUGAAAAGCAAAGGCUAUUGCAGUUUGGCAAUCUACAACAUUCUUAUUGAAGCACUUCACAAGAUCAACGAGCUGAAGAAGGCAUUGUCAUUGUUUGAAGAAUUAAAGGAUACAGAACACUUGAGACCGGAUUCAGCUACAUACAGUCUUCUCAUUACUUGCAUUGCAGAGGAUGGAGAUUCUAUAAAGGCCUGUUCAUAUUUCAACAAGAUGAAGGAGAAUUGUUGGACUCCUACUGUUGCAGCCUAUAGCUCCCUUGUGAGAGGACUUUGCAGGAUUGGCGAAAUCAAUGCUGCCAUGAACUUGGUCAAGGAUUGCUUGGGGAGUGUAACCAGUGGUCCUAUGGAAUUCAAGUACUCUUUAAGAGUUCUAGAUGCGUGCCGCUCGGGAAAACCAGAGAAGGUAAUGGAGGUUUUAGAUGAGAUGGUGGAGCAAGGUUACCCUUUGGAGGAUAUUAUAUACUGCACUGUAAUUUAUGGUUUCUGCAAAUAUAGUAGCUCAGGGGAAGCAAGACAGGUGUUUCAGUUUCUGAAGAAGAGGAACAUAUUUACUGAGGCUAAUUUCAUUAUUUAUGAGGAAAUGCUUAAUGAACAUUUGAAGAAGGAGACUGCUGGCUUAGUUAUCUCUGGGUUGAAAUUUUUUGGUUUGGAGAAGAAAUUGAAGUGGGCAACUAGCUUGGAUGAAACUUGCUGAUGCAUCUAUCAGGUGACAGGAAAUUGACACAACUUCUCGGUUAUCUCCUUUUCCGACACAGAACUGCUUAUUUUAUGCAGUUAAUCAAGGCACACUUUGAUCCAGAGCAUUACAAAUUGAAACUAUUACCAACUUUUAGGAGGGGAUGCAGAGAAUCAUUACUUCAGAAAUGGGUAAUAUCAGUGAAAUUUACAUACUUAGCACACAGUUCUUAUGUAUUUACAUA